AACUCGCGUAGUGCUUACUUAGGAAUGAUCACGUCUUCGGCCAUUGAAAGCGCGUUAAGGGGAUAGUUGGUUUUUUUUGGCCACUAGUGAAUUUUGACCCUUCCCAGGAUCUGUAGUACACAGCCAACCAACCAACCAGUCAGCUUUUCCUGCUUGCUGUACUUUAACGGAAAACAUUGGACACAAGAAGAGAAAAUAACCGCAUUGAACAGAGCAGGAUGUCUGCCAGAGGGGGAAAAAAGAGGGCCACCAAGCUGUCCCGCUCUGCCCGGGCGGGGGUCAUCUUCCCUGUGGGCAGAAUGAUGAGGUAUCUGCGCACAGGCACACACAAGUAUCGCAUUGGCAUGGGGGCACCCGUCUACAUGGCAGCAGUCAUCGAAUACUUGGCAGCUGAGAUCUUGGAGUUGGCAGGGAACGCUGCACGAGACAACAAGAAAGGCAGAAUAACUCCCAGACAUAUUAAGCUUGCUGUGGCCAAUGAUGAGGAACUCAAUCAGCUUCUUCGGGGUGUGACUAUAUCAAACGGAGGAGUUCUGCCUCACAUCCACCCAGAGCUGCUGUCCAAGAAGCGGGGAAGCCGUGCUAAAGUGGACAACCAGUCAUCUGUCCCGGAGAAGCAGGAACUACGCUCUAAGAGCACCAAACUCGUCAAAUCUGCCAAAAAGGUCAAAGGAAAACGAGGGCGAAAGCCAAAGAUCACAGACAAUGACAAAGAAUCUGUACCAAACUCCACAGUCGACGAUGGUCCGGGAGAUGGAUUCACCAUCCUCUCAGCAAAGAGCCUGUUCCUAGGUCAAAAGCUUUCCCUCACAGUGACUGAAAUCGGCAAAAUCGGAACAAUUAAGGUGGAGGCCAUAAUCAACCCAACCAAUGCAGAGGUGGACCUGAAAGAUGGUGUUGGCAAUGCUCUGGAGAAGGCUGGAGGCCAAGAGUUUGUGGAGGGAGUUAAGGAGCUACGAAAAGCCCAGGGACUUUUGGAGGUGGCGUCAGUGGCUGUAAGCCCGGCCAGCGGAAUGACGGCCCGCUUCAUCAUCCACUGUAACGUUCCUCAGUGGGGGUCAGAAAAGUGUGAGGAGCAGUUGGAAACGUCUGUAAAGAACUGUCUCUCUGCUGCAGAGGAGAAGAAGCUCAAGUCCCUGGCUUUUCCGUCACUCCCUGCUGGACGGAAUAGAUUCCCAAAGCCAACAGCUGCCCAGCUUAUCCUCAAGGCCAUCUCCAACCACUUUGUGUCCUCCACCAGCUCUUCUUUGAAAAACAUUUACUUUGUUGUGUUUGACAGUGAGAGCAUCGGAACAUACGUCCAGGAAAUGGCCAAGUUAGAUGCCAAGUGAGGAUUCUUAAUUGGUUUCCACAGAUGGCAUCAACCGUUGGUAACAGUUAAGGGUCUGUCUGAUGUAGCUUUUAGUGAUAUUAAUAGGUAGAAAUAAUGUAUGUUGAAGGACAUCCUCAGUUAUCUUUCAGUUGUCGAAAAGUGUCCGGACAAAGAUUGCUUUGUUGUCGUUUCAUAUUACAGCUUUAUCAACUGCCUGAUAAUUGAGGAUAUCAUGACAUGUACAUCGUGCUGUUGAUAUUUUUGUGGUUGUCCAUUGGAAACAUUGCAAUCUCUUAGAGAUAAGAUAUUUUAAUGAAUUCCUUUCUGUAUGUUGCUUUGUGCUCAGUGUUUCCCCUUGAUUUACAGCUUUAGAGUGGCGAGUGGUCAGCAUCGACACCGAACACGCACACAACUUAAAUGCCAUUUCUCCUCCACACUUUUAUAGUUGGGGUGUGUCUGUGUGCGUCGGUGGGGUAGAUUUGGCUGACAAAAGAGUAGCGGAUUUAAACUUCCAUUACAUUUCACAUUACAUUUCUCAAACUUUCAUAAUGGAAAGACAAAACAUAAUAAAUAUCAUACAAAGAAAUACAAUAUUAACAAAUACGAAGAUGAUCCACAAAGUCAACAACAUGCCAUGUAAUUAAAUUUAUGCAAUCGUUCCUCCGCAGUCACAUUUCCCAGAUUCAUAAUAGAUAGGCAAUACUUGUAAUUGAUAAUACAAAUAAAUACAAUAGUAUUAGAAAUACAAAGAGAAUCCACAAUGUCCACAUAAACUAAUGUAAUUGAAUGUAGUAACUCCUCCAGUCACAUUUCAAACUUUCACUGUAGAAUGAUAUUACUUGUAAUAUAUAAUACAAAUAAAAACAAUACUCAUGAAUUAAAAGUUAUUCUACAAAAUCAACAUAAAGACAAUCUAAUUAAUACGAUCGAUCCCCCACAGUCACAUUUCACAAAUUAUCAUAAUAGAACGACAAUACAUCCUAAAUAUACUACAAAUAAAUUAACAUUAAAUAAAAAGAUAAUCCACAAAGUAGUCAACAUAAAUACAUGUAAUUUAAUUACUGCAGUUUCUCCUAUGCUGUAAUUUUUCAAAAAACGUCAUAACAGAAAGCAGCAAACAGACAAAGUGCAAUACGAAUAUAAAUGCAAAGCCAAAUAAUACACAUGGUCAACAUGAAGACAGCUAAUUUAAUUCAUGCAAUUUCUCCUCCACACGCCAUAAAGAAAACUGAUGAAAAAUUGUGAUCAUGACCACGUAGAAAAACAAAUGAUAAGUAAUCCAUCAUCUGCUAUUUUAUUUCAUUUAUUAUACAGACCAGGGGCCUCAUGUAUUAAUAAGUAAGACUUGGGUGGAUUUCUUACAAAAAGAAAUACAGGUCAUCACAGGGAUUAAUAUUGGGAUUAUUACAUAAAGAAAUGUACUCACCAAUCAAUCAAUGUUUAUUUAUAUAGCCCUAAAUCACAAGUGUCUCAAAGGGCUGCACAAGCCACGACAUCCUCGGUACAGAGCCCACAUAAGGGCAAGGAAAAACUCUCCCCAGUGGGACGUCGAUGUGAAUGACUAUGAGAAACCUUGGAGAGGAUCGCAUAUGUGGGUACCCUCCCCCCCUCAAGAAUCCACCAAACGCGCACAUUGCCAGUAUUCUGUUCCCAACCAUGCUGUUGCGUAGAAUUUAAGAAACAUGCAGUAAACCAGGCCACAUAGCUACAAUUUUGCUUCACUGUACUUGCGUAUAACAUAUGAUCUGUACAUUGAUCGAAUGAAAAUGUUUCCCUUUGACAUUGACAUAUUUGUCAUAUGGUGGUGCUUUUAUAGUGCCUAUAAGUGUGUGCAGUCAAUACCUCCGAUUACAUUAAGAAAACUGUCCGUUGCUGCAAAUUGUGAUUUAAUGUUUUAAUGAAUUCAAUAUACCUGGCUAAUAUGCCGAUAAUUCUGUCCCACACGUUGACAUGGCUCGGUUGAGGCUCGCCUGGCACAUUCACGAUCGGUCGGCCAAGCUCCCUCUGGAAUACCCCGGUUGCGAGGAACCUCAUUGUGGUCAUAGCAUUAUUAGCAAUAUAUUCUAAUAGAGCAAAAUAAGCCAUUGUUUCAGUGUGUUUUUUGCACCACGUUUCCUAUGCUUUUAUAUUGAUUUGUGUAAUUUCACACACCUGAGUUAAUUGCUCUGAUGUGCACAAUAAUUCUGAGUAGUAUUUAUUUAAACAGUUACUCAGCAUCACCUCUGAGUGUCGCCAAAAUAUCCACCGCAUGUUGAAAUAUGCUUACCACAGCCAUUAAAUGGGCUUGAGGCACCGCACACUUCCAUGUUCAGUUCACUCUGGAUACAUCUCAACUUUGCCGUGAAAACGUGCGUAUGCAUGGUUAUAAUACAUAUACAAGGCCCCUGGACUUAUAUAUAAGAAAUUUGGAUAUCGAUUACUAUUAUAAGUUUUGACAGGGUGCUUCUCUUUUGACCUGUGCAGCUUUUAUAGAUGUAGAUUUAAAAGAUAUUUUAACGUUUAAAGUGGAAAAAAUAAAAAGAUCAUUGAGAAAAAUGAGCCUCUUUGUUUCGUACUUAACUUUUUGGAGUAGUAAAAUUGUUUGCGUUUUCCAAAAAAAGUUACAUCUGUGGCAUAUAUUGGUUUUAACAUGUUUAAUAAACAAAGAGGUGAAGGCCCUGCAAUUUUAAUGUAUGAAAAAGAAAAAACAUGCAGUUGUAUGAAUGAAUUCAUUGAGAUAUGGUUAUUUUUAGUUAGUUUGUUAAAACAAUGUAUAAACCUGUUCUAUAUGGUAAAGGUAUUUAUGUAGUAAUCUGACACUAUGAACCAUUUUUUACUGAAUUCACUUGACCUUCCUCAGAGGGAAUGCCUAAUAUAAUGAUAGGGGAAACACUGUUGCUUGUUUGGCUGUUUUUACAUUCCAUGUACAAAUAGAAGUUAUUUUUUUGGCUUCUGUAGUUUCUGGUACUCUAAAAACAAAGAUUAUGGUUGUCAUUCUGCUUUGAAAUAAAAGGUUUUGCAUCAUU